CUGCCCCCCUCGCACCGCACAGCCAAGGGAGCAACUCGACAUUGCUCAUGGUCGACACGUCUGCAACGUCUGUGACGACGACGCAAAAGCCUCUGCCCAUCCAAAUGGCGUCGUCAAAGACAAAGAUGGAGAAGUUCACCUUCACCUUGGGCAAGCUCGAUGCGGGAAUGGCCAUCCUGCUCGGCCCCAAUGCCCAUCUGCUCGAGUUCCCGUCCUUACUCCUCCCCACGCCCUCGCCCAACGACCCGCCCCUCGGCCCCGGCUCGAUCCUUACUAUCACUGUGUCUCGCGACCUCGAGGCUGAAAGUGCCGCCCAGGAUGCGUUUGACUCGCUGCAAGCCAUGAUCGUCGAAUCUUAUGGCACCGCGUCCCCUGCAAAGCCCGUCCUCCGGAUCCAGAAUGUGACCCAGACCAGCGUCGCCCUCGAGUGGGACCCCCUCGUGCUCGGCAGCGCGUCGUUCCGCAGCCUCGAGAUGUACCGCAAUGGCCAGCGCUGGGGACGCGUCGGAGCUGACGUUGGCACCGACCACGAGAAGCAUGAGUGGAAGACUGGUGGCCUUCAGAGCGGAGAGGAGUACACGUUCCAGAUUGUCUUGAAGACCACCGCCGGCACCUUCACGUCCAAUCUCAUCCGUGUGCGCACCCACACCAUGGACAACUUGACCGGCCUCUACAUCACCUUUGGAGCUGUUCAGCCUCCAUCGCUGUUGAGCCAGCUGCGCCAGUCCCUGCAAGAGAUUGGUGCUAGAGAAGCCCCGACGGUCCAGCUUGCGACCACCCACUUCGUGUGCACAUCCCCCCUGGUCGGAGGCGAUGACUCUGGCCGGGGCGGACACAUUGACGAAGCGUACGAGCAGGCGGUGAACGCCAACAUGCCAGUGGUCAGCCCGGCCUGGCUGUUGGCAGUUGCUGCGGAGAGAAGACUCGUCCCUAUUGCCAACUACUUGCUCCCUGCUCCUUCGGCGCCGAUCACAACGUCAGCGGAUCCAGCCCCAUUCCGUCGCCCUUCGGACCUCAAGAGGUCGUCGUUGCCACUCGCCGCCCCGUCCACCCCCGUGCAGGAGCACCGCACGAUCCGAUCACCGAGCCCAGAAACUCUUGCGCGCAUGAGCAGUGCCGGCCCUGCAAUGUCCCCGUCGUCGCGGACCGAGUCGUUUGAGCACCGACGUAUCCCACAGCUUCCUGUGGCAUCUGGCCCAGCUGACGCUGCUGGGUCCGCGAGAUCGCGCAGUCCAAAGCCCGAGGCUGAUGGACGGCUGGACCGCGGGUUCAAGUUCCCUGUUCAGUCGUCACAGGACGGAUCGUCUGGUCGUGGCUCCCGCGGUAGCCGCAGCGCGAAGGGUGGCAACAAUGGUUCGGAUCCUGCCUUGCCUUCACCACCCAUGGUGCCGCCCGUCGUUCACAUCCAAGCUCCCUCGACGGACGGCCCUGUCUCAGCACCAGUGGGGUUCACACCCGACGAACCGAGUGACGAACCCGCUGUGGAGGAGAGCGAGGAAGCCACGUCCGCACCAGAACUUCCCAAGGAUGAGCCUCCAGCGUACGACAAGGAGGGGCCAGACGCCCCUGCAGCUGCGGCCGACAAGGAGACGGCCAAGGGCGACAAGUCAGCCGAAAAGAAGGAGGAGACCUCACCAGAGGCAGCCUCCGCAACGAACGCAACGACAACCGAUGUGUCAGCAGACGCAACGACGGAAACCUCGACGGAGGCCACGACAACGGAUGCCGCAGCCGAUGCAAAGGCUGCCGACGCAGCCACUGGUGAAAGCACCAAGUAAUGAGUAGAAAUAGAGCACUUCUCGAUGUGAGGGAGAGGAUGCAUCCUUAUGGGUUG